AUGGAUCGACAGGGAAAUGAUAAAUCCACACCCAAGAAGACUUGCAAAAAGAGGCAGUCCUCGGAAUCUGAUAUCGAGAGUGUCAUGUACACCAUUGAAGCUGUUGCAAAGGGAGACUGGGGCAUCGAGAAGCUUGGAGAUACCCCUCGCAAGCAGGUGCAUACAUCCUCGAGUGGCAAGGGAAGCAUUUUGGAUGCCAAGCCACCAAAGAAGAAAGUGAAAUCAAGAGAGAAGAAAAUGUCAAAGGAGAGAUCCUCAGACACCACCCAAGAGUCAAGACCUCAAGAUUUUAUCAGUAUUUCUGCCAGCAAGAACAUUUCUGGUGAGGUCCCAGAGGGUAUAAAAGCAGAACCUUUGACCCCUACGGAGGAUGCAUUACCACCCAGUCUAUCGGGACAGGCCAAGCCUGAGGACAGUGAGUGUCACAGAAAAAUAGAGACUUGUGGCUCCCGGAAAUCUGAGAGGUCUUGCAAAGGUGCUCUUUAUAAAACCCUGGUGUCUGAGGGUAUGCUCACCUCUCUGCGAGCUAAUGUUGGCAGAGGGAAACGAAGGUCAGGAAAAGGAAAGUCCUCUGAUCAUGAAGAGUGUUGGCAUGAAGAAAGCUGGACAUUUCACCAGAGUGGGACCAGUGGAAGCAAGAAGUUCAAGAAGACAAAGCCAAAGGAAGACUCUCUCCUUGGCUCAGCAAAGCUGGAUGAAGAAUUUGAAAAGAAAUUCAACAGCCUCCCUCAGUAUAGUCCUGUUACAUUUGACCAGAAAUGUGUACCUGUCCCAAGAAAAAAGAAGAAGACCGGACAUAUGUCCUCAGAACCGACCAAAACCAGCAAAGGUCCUUUCCAGUCUCAGAAAAAGAACUUAUUCCACAAAAUUGUCAGCAAAUACAACCACAAAAAGGAGAAGCCUAAUGUUCCAGAAAAAGGAAGUGGGAAUAAAUGGUCAAACAAGCAACUCUUCUUGGCUGCCAUUCACCCUACAGAAGCCAUAUUUUCAGAAGACAGAAACACCACAGAGCCUGCUUAUAAGGUUACAAAUGCCCCAUCCAUUCCCAACACUCCAGAGCCAACAAGGGCGCAAGAACCCUUGGUGGGCAGUCAAAAGAGAAAAGCAAGGAAAACCAAGAUCACACACCUUGUCAGGACAGCAGAUGGCCGGGUAUCACCAGCAGGAGGUACUUUGGAUGACAAACCAAAGGAACACCUGCAGAGGAGUCUUGUUAAGGUGACCGAGACAGGCUGCAAUGACGCAUGCUCACACAACCGAGAGGCCACGGAGACGCGGAGCAGCACCCCGGAGAUGCCCGCCGUGUCUGCGUUCUUCAGCCUCGCUGUGCCGGCCGAAGUGGCUGCCAUGGAAAAUGCAUAG